AUGGCAAAGGUUCGCAGCAUCAACGCCAACGAGCUCGGCACGCUCGAGCUCAUGGAGUUCGACUCGGCGCUCGACUAUGGCACCUUUGGCAUCCUGUACCACGGCUUGCUUGACGGCCGCGACGUGGCAGUCAAGAGCCUCUCGCACCACACGACCAACGAGAUGUUUGAGAACGAAGUGUGGCUCCUCGCCGAGCUCGGCGCCAACCCGCACACGGUCGAGCUCCUCGGCACCUCGGUUUCGGCGCAAGGGCACCGGCAGAUCGUCAUGGAGCUCAUGCGGGGCCGGAAUUUGCGCCAUCACCUCGGCACGCUCGCCGCAUCAUCAGGCGGGUCUCAGGACCUCCACCGGCUUUUACCGAUCGCGCUGGAGAUUGUCGAGGCGCUGCGCUACCUCCACGAGCGCAACAUCAUCCACCGCGACCUCAAGACGACCAAUGUUCUCUUGGACGAGCGCGGGCAUAUCAAGCUGGCCGACUUUGGCGUCGGGCGCAAGGCCACUGGACGCACGAUGACAGAACGCAUUGGCACGUCGAGAUACAUGGCCCCCGAGGUGUUCAACGGCAGCAACUACACGACGGCCGCCGACAUGUACUCGUUCGGCGUCCUCCUCACCGUGCUCACGACCCUUCUCGAGCCGUUCGCUGGCUGCACCGAGAGCGACGUCAAGCUGCACGCGCGAAUUCGUGACGAGGGACUCCGACCGCGCCUGGAUACCAACUGCCCACCGGCGCUUGCUGCGCUGGCGCACCAGUGCAUGCACUUGGAUCCUUGCGAGCGGCCGACGGCAGGAGCCGCAGUGAACAUUUUACAGCCGCUGGUAUGGGCCUUGUCGCCGCUGCCGAUCAUUCCGUCGCCGCUUCUUCAGAUCGUGAGCAGUCCCGUGGGACAUCCGAAGGUCCUGCACCGCGCGGUCACGACAUCCAACACCUCGUCCUGA